UGGAGUAGCUUGUACAUCUGCGACGUCGCCACACAGUCGGCCAUUGAGCGCGUGUGCAUAGCAUGUAUGCCUGCAGAAACACAAAGUCCUUUUGUCAGCCGGAUUUCCUUCUAUCGCUCCAGUUCAUUAACGCUCGUCAUCAGCAGCAGAAAUAUUCCUCUUCGGUUUGUAGACUCUGGUUUGAACAAAGUUGUCAUGUGGAAGAAACAGAAACCCCAGAAAGCAGAAACAACGUAAAAUGAUAUAUUUGACGAAAGCGAUGUGCUUUUUCCUCCACACAUCACAAUAGGAAAACCCCCGAAAACACUGAAAAUCAUUGAAUGCAAAAUUUGACUAAUAUUUGAAGAAUUUUUUUGCACAGAAGUGAACACGCACACGAUAAAUUAUGUGUCCUCAUGCACGUCACUUGAGCUUAACAUAAAAAUAUUAGCCAUUUUAUUAAUUAACAUGAAGCCAUGAGGGUGAAAAACACACAGCCGACAUUCAGCAUUGAAUCAAUGAAGUCUUUAUUACUGUCUGUCACACACACACACACACACACACACACACACACACAAACUCAGAGGUCCGUCAGUGUGUGUCGGCGCGCGUCAUUUAUGACCACAGGCGUCACGAUGGCCUCUGCGUCGCUUCGCUGCCGCCUUACACCUCAGCUCUUCACCACCGUGUUCCUCCUGUCAGGUGGCCAUUUUGUUCCGGCUUCCUGUUAUAAAGUGACAGAAGGGGGCGUGGCCUCGUUGUCCUGUGAGUACUCGGUGCAGCGUUUCGGCUUGAGUCGGGUGUGCUGGGGUCGGGGCUGUGGGACGCUGUGGUGCAGCAACAUCCUAAUCCAGACGGAUGAGAACGGCGUCGUGUCCACGGCGGAAGACCGGUACCGACUAACAGGAGACGUCCUGGAAGGACAGCUGGACCUGGACAUCCUGAAUGUGAGGCGGACCGACAGCGGGCUGUACUGCUGCAGGGUGGACAUCGACGGACUCUUCAAUGACAAGAAGGUGAUCAUGAACCUGCGGGUGGUGAAAGCUUCAAUCAACAGCGCUACAACGACAUCAGCAACAACAAUGACAACAACUCAAGUCACAGAGGCGUCCACUUACAGAGAAAACAGGCAAAUGCUCCAGUCGCCUCAGCUGGACCUUGUAAAGAGGAACUCAACAAUGCUGCACUCCACCACCAUCACUGUGGUCAACUCACCAGCGUCGCUGUCCCUUCAAAUCAACGUUCCCGUCCUCUCUUUGUCCCUCACUGUGCUGAUCAUGCUGGCGGCGUUUCUUCUGUCUAUGGCCUUCAAGCGGGGGUUACACAGACCAGGUUUAAGGAGUGGCUGUUUCUCCAGUGAGGAACCUCCUCACAUCAUCUAUGAGAUAAGGAUGAGAAGACCGGUUCAGGAGAACAUCUACACGCUAGACUAGACCUUUUCAAUCACGGACUAUUUCAUUCACUUUGAAUUACGACUGUGUUGAGCUGUGUUAUCUUGGUUAUGUGAUUAUUACACGUAAAGUAUUACAUUAUUACACUUGUCAGUACCGGGGCGUGUGAAAAGUUAAAUGUGUGAACUUCAGCUGUGA